GCCCCGCGCAUCCCUCCGCCGCCGGGCCGGUUGCCAGGGCGACGGCUGCGUGGCAACGGAGCUGGCAGCGGGGACCGCCCGCCGCCGCGCCGAGCGGCCGCGCUGCCCUCCCCUCCGCUCUCCUCUCCCCGCGAUAGAUGCUCCGGCGGCCGCCCGGGAGCAGCCGCGCUCCGUACUCGCCCACAGACCGCGGCCACCAGCCGGGAGCCUCCGCCGUCUCUACCGGGCCGGCUCCGGGCCCAGGGGGGACAGCAAGGCGGAGCGGAGAUGGUGCCGCUGGUGCGGGGCGCCGGGGGCUCCCACCAGUGGCUGGCGAUCGUUUUCCUCGGCCUUUGCUGUUUGCUGCCCCCCGGGAGAUUCGCCGCUCCGGGUGGGGACUACCCCGGGUCAUCUGUGGACAAUUUGGUGGUCAGGAAAGGGGACACGGCGGUGCUUAGGUGUUACUUGGAAGAUGGAGCUUCAAAAGGCGCCUGGCUGAAUCGGUCGAGUAUUAUUUUUGCUGGAAGCGAUAAGUGGUCAGUAGAUCCUCGAGUUUCGAUCGCAACAGCAAACAGAAGAGAAUACAGCCUGCAGAUCCAGGACGUGGAUGUGACGGAUGAUGGUCCCUACACCUGCUCUGUGCAGACCCAGCACACCCCCAGAACCAUGCAGGUGCACUUAACCGUACAUGUUUCCCCCAAGAUAUUCCGCAUUUCGGGUGACAUCGUUGUCAAUGAGGGCAGCAACGUGACACUGGUGUGCCUGGCCACAGGGAAGCCUGAGCCGUCCAUCUCCUGGAGACACAUCUCCCCAUCCGCAAAGCCCUUUGAGAGCGGACAGUACCUGGACAUCUAUGGAAUUACAAGAGACCAGGCUGGGGAAUAUGAAUGCAGUGCAGAAAAUGAUGUCUCAGUCCCAGACGUGAAAAAAGUAAAAGUCACAGUAAACUUUGCUCCCACAAUUCAGGAACUUAAGUCCAGCGGUGUGGUGCUUGGAGGGAACGGACUGAUUCGGUGCGAAGGUGCAGGAGUUCCUGCCCCGGUCUUUGAGUGGUACAAAGGAGAGAGGAAACUGAUCAAUGGUCAACAAGGAAUUACUAUUAAAAAUUAUAGUACAAGAUCACUUCUUACUGUUACCAAUGUGACAGAAGAACAUUUUGGCAACUAUACAUGUGUCGCUGCCAACAAGCUAGGGACGACCAAUGCCAGCCUGCCUCUCAACCAAAUUAUUGAGCCUACUACCUCUAGUCCUGUCUCGAGCCCAGCUCCCAGUACAGCCCAGUACGGGAUCACGGGUGACGCCGAAGUCCUGUUCUCCUGCUGGUACCUUGUGCUGACACUGUCCUCCCUCACCAGCAUAUUCUACCUGAAGAACAUCAUUCUGCACUAAAUGUAAAGACCCAUAAAAGGCUUUUAAGGAUUCUCUGAAAGUGCUGAUGACUGGAUCCAAUCUGGUAGAGUUUGUUAAAAGCAGCGUGGGAUAUAAUCAGCAGUGCUUACGUGGGGAUGAUCGCCUUCUGUAGAGUUGCUCAUUAUGUAAAUACUUUAAUUCUACUCCUUUUUUUUUGAUUAGCUGCAUUACCUUGUGAAGCAGUACACAUUGUCCUUUUUUAAGACGUGAAAGCUCUGAAAUUACUUUUAGAGGAUAUUAAUUGUGAUUUCAUGUUUGUAAUCUACAAGUUUUCAAAAGCAUUCAGUCAUGGUCUGCUGAGUUGCAGACCAUAGUUUACAAAAAAAAAUAUUGCAGUAAAGUGUGCUUCUUUAAGGCUGCAAUACAAAUAUUCAGUUCCCUUCUUAAACAGCAUUCUAUCUGCAUUUACACAGAAACAUUUUUCUUUUUUGAUAAAAAAAAAUCAAAUAAUAUUGCCUUCAAAAUAUUUCUUCAAAAUAUUACACAUAUCUAGAAUUUCUUCUAGCAUGAUAUUCAGGUUUCAAGAAUGAGCCUUGUAUUAUAACUGCAUUGUGCAGGACUGCUUUCUGUUUCCUUUUUCUUGCAAACUCAGCAUGGGUGUGCCUUCAUAAAACACAACUUUCCUGCUCCUUCCCAGCAAAUCCGGAAUGUGUUUCGGGAAAUGCUAAAGCAUCCUUUAGAGCGUUAGAAAUCUCCAGUCGAGGAGCAAAGUGCUGUUGGCUAAAAGGAAAAACUCCCAUCUUCAGGGGACAGGGUAACACCAAUGCCUUCUGAUGUAUCCAUCUCCCACCACUAACCAGUUGGCAAUCUCUGUGAAAAAUAGUUUUCCCAUCACAAAACAGAACACAAGUUAUUUUGAGACAUCUUUUGAAUGUAAGAAACUUUCCCUUAUACUAAAUCUAAAUUCCUAAAUGGCUGUAAAUGUGAGAAGCUGAAUAGUCCCUUUUGUAUUACUGGCAAAAAUUAUGUGAAUUGGUAUUUUUCUUGCACUUAAUUUUGUACUGGUUUGGCUAAUAUAGCAAUGAGAAAGAUUGCUUUUAAAUAUUAGAUAUCUGAAAAUACAUGAAGUAUCAAGCAAAAUUUUAUAUAUAUACGUAUAUAUAAAAAAUACAUGUAUAUAUAUAUUAAAAUGAGGUUGCUCCAAUAACUGUACUGCAGUGCAUGUUGCCAUCCAUGAUAGAAUCACCUUCACAGACAGGACUCGAUUACCGAUGUACUAAUACCUUACUACAGCACUUAGGUCCUCACCUUUGACUUCCUAGGACCACAGCCCAUCAGGAUAACACUCUUCUUUCACUCAGUAAAAGGUUAAAUUCCAAACCAGCAUCUAACAGUACUAACUUUGGUUUUACCCAGCCCCGGCCAGCAUUAACACAAGAGGUUGCUCAGCGUUGCCAGCUGAAUUUCCAAGGGCCGUCGGUGGGAGUCACUGAGACACAGCCAUGGCCAAGCCCUUGACCUCAGCAUCUCCCGGUGAUCCCCAGAGAUGCUGAUGCACUUACGCAACUACUGAUGACAAGAAUAAAACCAUUAUUGGCAUUAUUAUUCCCCUGUUUUGUGUAUGAACUCCAAUAGGCAGCACAAUUAUUACAGUACAGCUUUUUCCUCCGAGCAGCAGGUUUUGCAGCCAGCGAUACCAGAUGAGCUCUGUGCACACUCGGCAGUUCCAAAUUCAGAGUACAGGGACCCCAGGUUCUGAAAAGGCAGGUUUGAGGUUUCCCAAUCUCCAUAGAUACCAUCCCAUGCUACUGUGUAGAGAGAACACGCCGUGAACUGUUGUAGCUACUGACGAAGUGUAUAAACAGAAAUAUGGUGACUCCAAAACAUGCCAAUGAAAUGUCCUGGGUCACUCUGCAUAUGUUCAGUGAUAAUGAACUAUUUCUAUCUUGUUAUUUACAGCUGUGUACUAAGUAGUUGCUGCUUUCAGAAAUGUGGUAUUCUUUAAAACCUAGAAUAACAUGACAAAAUUCAUUUUUUAAGGAAAUAGUAUAAACCCAAUUCAAAUUACACUAUACACAGUCCUGAUAUCCUGAUCUCUCUUGUAUUGCAGCUUUAAAGUGCUAUAUUUUAGAAUCCAUUCACUAGAAACAGUGGUGCUGCAGAAAGUAUCACGUCAGUGCAGUUUUAUGGAGAAAGAAAAAAGGGUUUGCAUAGCCCAACUCAUACACCUUGUCUCACAGAAAACUGAGAGAGGUUCCUAUUCUGUGGCUGGAUCAAAUUCUAUAUUUCAAUGAUAAGUUUAAUUUCAGUGACUCCUGAUAUCUGGAUCCUGAUAUUUCCAGCAGCAGAAUAGAAUGAACAGCAGCUUUACUGAGUAUGAAAACAAUGUAUGUAAUUAAGUAUUGACUGUUUACAUUCAUAUCAGGCAGAGCUGCUGGAUAACAUGGAUGAGACAUUCAGCCCCAUCUCUGAAUUUUCACUUAAAUUUGGGGGAAUAAUUACUAUUGUCAAGCCAAAAAAAAAAAAAAAAGAAAAUACAAACCCCACUGAUAUUUCUGGGUGCCAAUGGUGUUUUCUGAGGCAAAAUAGGUAUUUAAGGGUGGGUCAGCCUGUGUGUUUGGCAGCGCGAGGGGUGUGUGUGUGCCGGGUGCUGUGCCGGUGAGUGGGAAAGGGUGAUGGGGACACCCUCCUCAGUCCCCAAAGAGCUUUAGGCACUGAUUAAUUCAACAGACAUAGUACCUAGAGCCAAACCACUUGAAUUUUUGCAGGAUCGGAGCUGUAGGCGGUGUUGAUCAAAUAAAGAAACUUGGUUCUUGGUGAAACUGUUCCACACAGUAAACUGGUAAUUGUCCAGAUUUAUUGGGACUUAUCGGGAUGUUCUUCCAAAGGGGACAGUGCACACGACGUUUUACCAGAUCUACCCACCCUUUAAUUUGUGGGUCAUAUUUACUUUAGGCAACUGUUUGAAGGUAUGUUCGCUGCUGCUUCAAAGGAUUAACCCAUAUCGUUCAUAUCUGUCGGGCAAAUAUUAUUAUAUUUAUUCCCACCUUUCAAACGUGAAAAAUAAAUGGCUUAGCUCCGAGCAGUAUAACUGAAUAUUUAUAUCCAGAUUGUCGUCCACAUUGGAAACCCCAAAGACUGUAACACCGUAAGUUCCUCCUUGUGCAAUAGCUCAGGUCUGCAAUGACCAUUGCACCAGUGGCGGGCACAGAAGCAACAAUGCUCUAAUUAUAAUGACACUGAUCAUUCUAUUAUGCUAAUACUGAAUUAAAGGAUGUCUCACAACCCCUUGAACAAAUGCAGUUUCUCAAGGGUUUAUAACUUGGCAGGAAAUGUAUCCAUCAUAGCCAGACAGCUUUUCAGCUUUUCUUAAACUUUUCAAUAGAUACUUUUUUAGAAACUCUGCUGGUUUUAAGCUACAGGAGUGUCAAAAUCAUCAUCGGUAAAAGCUGCCUUUUUGCACGUUUUCAGAGCUAGUGUCCUAGACAAACAAUGGUAAAUGUUACGCCUACCAAAAUCUCCACUUAGCGACAUGACUGUGUUCAAAAGAAUGUGUAAACCAAAAUAUGUAUUUUCAUGGAUAAACAAAUUGCCUUAAAAACUAAAUAUGCAUUUACUUCUAAGAUUGGAUCAGACUUGUGCCCAGUCUGGAGGUAAAUAAUCCAUAUUUCAUAGGCUGCCAUGGAAGGUUUUAUUUCUUUGGAAAAAAUAAAAAGAAAAAAAUAGCAGUUUCUUUUAAAAUCAUCUUAAAUAAUGUAAAAAUUCUUGCGUAAACAGACAGAUGUGAGGAAGUAUACAGCAAGGAUCAAUUUUAGUGUGAUACUUUGGCAGUGGCAAAGUGUCGCCUGGCUCAUGGGGUUUGCUGGGGGGGCGGCCAAUGGCUCCUCCGUCCCCAUCCUGUCCCAUGUCCCUGGGUCUGUGCCCUGGGUGCCCCCUCCUCCCUGGCCAUGCCACAGCUUGCAAGACAAACCUCUUUAAAACAAGAAAAUAGCAGUGGGGAAAGAAAAUAAAUUUAAAAUUCUCCAUUCAGCCUUAAUAUUGAGAGCAGAUAAAUCAGCAUUGCCAUCGAAGGGAGAAAUUUACCCUCAGUUUCCCUGACCCAGCUGUUGCAUGUACCGGGAUGCUGCAAACAUGCUUAGUUUGGGCUGGCUCUAGUUUUUGGUCCCAUUUUACAAUUCUUUGCUGGGCUUUGAGGGCAAGGGAGGGAAUUUACUGCAUGACCAGAAAAGUUCAUAAUUGAAACCAGCUGGGUGAACAGCACGAGGGUCUCAGGAUGGUUUGGAAGGGACUCUGUGCAUCCUGCUCCAAAACUUCUGCACCAGCAAGGGGGGAGAUUCUUAACAGGGCACCCUCAGUGCUGAGCUCAGACCUGUCUGCCCCCAUCACUUCAAGCCUAUUUCACAAAGAGCUCAAAGGUUCCUUUACAUUAGAAAAGGGUUUGCUGUCAUUUAUGUCACCAGCCAUCGCGGUGAUGGGGGAAAUCCAGGGAGGACUUUUCCUUCUCUCGCACUCCAGGCUCGGUUCUCCCACGUGAUGAACUUUGAUCCCAGCCCCAGCCAGCAAUGACAAAUAAUGCAGCUGAAAGUCCACAGCCCGUGGGACAGGAGGAAAGCAGGGAAACCUUAGCGCCCAUUAGCAGAAUAAAUUGCAUUUCUGCAGUGAUUCCACAUUCAAAACAGAGGGAGGAGGACAGGGCACAGUGCUGCUCCAGCCACAGGAGUUUCCCCUCUUAUCUGCCAAAUAUGAAAGUACUCAUUAUUCCUCCACUAGCUUUUUUUUUUAUGCUGCCAGAUAAAAAAUGCCUGUAAUGAUGAUAUAUGUUAUAUUUGGUAUCUAGAGGGUGAAAUCUGUUCUUUCCUAAUGCACAUCCAUCCUUCUCUUUAUUAUUUUUCAGCCAAAACCAAAACACAAUUCGCACAUUAGAAGAUGCGAUUUAUGUGCAAUAACAUCAGCUUUUCCACUUAUCAAAACCAUUAUAGUCGUAAGCACACAACUCCCAUUAACCUCAACGACAGCAACUUAAAUGUGAACCACAAGUGAGAAUAAACCUUAAAGAUGCGACUGAGCAGCAGCAGCCUUGUUUGCUCAGUGUCUAACAGGGAGAUGGCAGGGCCAUUCCUCCCCUCCCCUUGCCUUUCUUUUCUUUUUUUCUUACAUGAAAAUAGGUUUUCCUCUUCUUCAGGGUGGUUAAUUUAGGCUGGGAGGUGCAGCCAUGUAGAUGUGCUCAAUGUUUUUGACGCAUCGCUCCAGGUAGUGAUGCUGAGGUGCGGCACCCGGAGCGCAGCUGCUCCCACGUCACCCCAGCAAGACGGGUUCUUGCAGGAAUUUUGGUUCUGCUGAAGCUGCGGGAGGUCAUGGGCUUCAUUAAGCUACAAAAGCUUUAAAAUGUUCAAGGAACUGAUUUUCCUCUUUCAUUUAAGUGAAUUGCUAAAAGCACUGGGUUGUUCUUUCAUGGAACUUUGAAUUCACUGUUUUCUUCAUUAACCUUGACCUUUUUGCAUUUAUUAUGAUAAGGAAAAAAAGAAAACACAAUCCAAAAAACAAAAAAAAGCCCACAUAACAGUUAACUUUGCAGUAAGCUACUGCAAAUUCACUUCCCCCAAGUCUUUAAAAACAGAGAACCUUGGUGUCUGGGACAAGAGAGCAAAAGAUCUCAUUUGCCACUCAUUUCUAAAAGAGGCUUUAAUGUUUAUUUGCCAAAAAUUAUGAAUCAUAAGUCCCUAUAAAUAAUUUCUAAAUUACUUUUAGCAAGCUAGGUGCAUGUAAAGCUAUGUGCAGAAAGACAGAUGGAGCGAUGGCUGGGACACCUUUCCAGGAGCUGCUCCCCAGAGCCGCUGAGCUGGGCCAGGCAGUGGCUCCCGAGUUGCUCCCAAGCAGCGGGAAAACAAGCCAGCAAGGCACUGUGUGGGGUGUGAGGCAGUUCAGAGCUAAAUUAAACAACGGGCUUGACACAGGCUUUGGAAGUUUAGGUCUGAGGUAUUUGCAUCAAUCUCUUGAAGCCACUGCAGACACAGUUUGUGCUUGAGCCACUGGUGAGCAACAAGCCCAAUGCAGGAAAAUGGCAAUUCCAUCCACCCUGCCCCAGGUAUCCCUGGAAAAUCAAACAAGGAGCAUCCUGCUCUGCUGCUCGUGCACUUUCUAGCCUCAUGAGGGUAUUUUUUUGCUAUUAAUUGAAUUGCAAGGCUGGCAAACUGCGCUGCCCCCACCGGCAUAAGCGAUGCUCUUGGGAGGGAGGAGAUGCUCAGAGUGCAGUUUCUGCUCCACUCCUGGCAGAGGCUGCUCUCCCCAGCAUCAGAACACACAGCACCGCCUUCCCUCCCCUGGGGCUGUCCCUGUCCCCACUUCCUGGUCCCCUCUCCCCAGUGGGGCUGCAGGAGAAGGCAGGGCUGUGGGGGGAGGCUGCAGCUCUCAGCCUGAGCUCCUCACCCAUCAGAUGGACCUUAAAAAACCAUCAGACAGACAGCUAGGCUGACAAGAUGAGGUGUUCUGCCUGGUGUGCUCAGGUCCAAGCUCCCAUCUUCUUCUCUAACAGGGCUCCAAUUUCAACUCAAACAACACUGAAAGCUCCAUAAUGUUUUUUCCAUCUAAGCAAAACUUUACUCCCCAAGCUGGACUUGUACGUGCUGCCACCCUCAAGCAUGGGGUUCGGUGACAGUCCUGUCCAGACAUAGCCUUGCACAGAGCAGCAGAACAGGAGUGUCUGCACGUUGCUUUGUCUCCCUUGCUGACGAGCCAUGUAGUGGAAAAGAUACCUGAGUUUUUACGGUAUAUUCAUUUCUGUCAUGGGAGUUUCAAUAAGUGUCUCGCUCUUUGUUUCAGUGCCUUAAGCACCUUUUUGCAAAAGGCCAAAACACGAGAGAGUACAUUUAAAAAAUUAAUUUCCCAAAGUUAAUCACCCUUAGUAAGUCGACUCUCCAGCACAGUUACUCCCAUGUCAGAUGUAGCACCGGAUCCUCGGGAACCGAGACGGCAGCAGCACCCGUUGAGAGGCACUGAUGAGUGCUUCUGCCUGAAGAUUUUAGAUAAAGCACUUAGUUCUUCUGAAAAAAAAAAUCAGCUAAGGGCUUUGACCUUAUAUUUGAAUAUAGAAUUAGCACUCUGGUAAAGGUUAAUGAACAGAAGAGGGGAGUAGAGAAUUUUUGAGUGAAAUACUUCUGAACUGGAUUUAGACACGUGCACAUCUCUGGGCAGGUCUGCUGCUGCACAUGGAGCCGGUUCUCUCGGCCCGGGCACUGUGGCCACCAGGAAAACCUGGUCAGAAAAGGGGAGGGUGAGAAGGAGAGUUUGCUGAUGCUUGGCGUGCAAAGCAAUGAGCUUGGCAUGCAAAGCCACUAACUUGGCAUGUAAAGCCCAUGAGCUUGGCAUGCAAAGCCCUGAACUAGGUGUGCAAAGCCAUAAGCUCUGUGUGGAAAGCCCUGAGCUUGGUGUGCAAAGCAGCACCGGUGAUGAGGUAUGAGGCUCAAGCAGCUCCAAGGCGAAAAGGCUGAAGCCUGUUCCCAGCACAGCAGGGCUUGCUCUGGUUUUCCUCUCGCACUUUUCUGACAAUCUGUGAUCUUGAUAUGUAUUUUUUUUCCUUGCUUCUUCACCUAGUUGAUGCUUGUGAAAAAUAAUUAUUUCACCAUAUGGUGAAAUGUGCGAUUAUCACUGUUAGACUCAUCAUCUCAGAUUGGCCCCUUCAUGAGCACCAACAAUCAGGGAUUGGGCCAGUUUGGGCAAAAACCAAACCAGCCUUCCCCCCCACUCCAACACUUUCUCAGUUUCUAAUUGCUGUCCUACUCAAUCAUGUCACCAUUGCUGUAAAUGGUAAAUAAUAAUGGUAAAUACUGGGGUGGAGUCUUAAAAUGAAUUGCAAGAAUUAGGGCUACUAUAAUUUUAUAAUCACUUUAAAUUAUUCUGUUCAUGACUUUAUCAUAAAAGCAUUUCACCUCUAUUUAAAGUUCACCCUUUGGAAGGGUCACUAAAAACAAAAGAACUAUAGGAAAAGAAACCCCUCACAGCGUCAUUUCUAUUUGUUAAAUGUAGAGAGACACCAUUUGAAUACAAAAGCCGAGCCUCCCGGAGGUAGCGAGCCAAAUCUGUGCAUAAUUACCCUUCUACUAUUCAAAAUAUUAUUAUUAAAAUAAGCCUCGGUUCAAAUUCCAGCACAGCUAUUGCAGCCUGAGUAGCAGACUUACAAAUAAUAGAUAUUUGGCGUAUGGCAGGACACGUUUGCAGUCCCUGUGUGCCCUGUCACGGGCAGAGUGGUGGGGACGUCCCCGCACCUGCUCUUUGCCACCAGGCCCAAGAGACACCGGGUUCUCUGCAAACACACAUCCCUUGGCAGAGGGAUCUUGUCACCACCCUGUGCGCAGAGGAGUGGGAGACAUCUCUCCAAGACACAGCACCCAACUCUAAGUCAAUAAUAUAUGCAAAUGCACUGAGCAAAGCACUCCCACAGAUGUUCUUAAUUAAAGCAACCUAACCCAAGCCCACAUAAAGUAAUAACCCCCCAAAAAUGCCUUCCCGCUCUCAUAUGUUCUGAGUCAUUGCUGCAGAAUACUACAGGAAUAUUAUUUUUAUAAGAGCAAACCAUUUGCUAAAUAAGCCACCUGUUAAAUAAACACUCCCACUCUCCAAAUAUUGUUAUUUUGUUUUCCAGACUAUGCACAAUCUGGAUUUAUUUUAGAUGAAAAAAGCUAAUCACUGAAGUAAAAAACCCCUAAAACCAGUAUUUUGACUAUUUGAGACGAUCCAUCUUGUGUGCACAUCUGCUCCUUUGCAAGCUGGCAGGUCUCUUACAUUAGAAGAGAAUCACAGUUACUUAUUCAGCCAGGAGCUAAUGAAUUUCCAUCAUCAGACCUCAGCAGCCUUCACUUUUUUAACUUCUUCAAGCCUUGAAUUGUUUUUAAUUCACCUGUCUUCAUAUUCUAAUAGCUGUAUCUUCUCAUAGGGACAAAUCUCAAGCCAAGAUUUUUUAGCAAAUUUGACACAGGAGCAAGUACAGAGUUUGGCUCAGGUUUUAUCUUACAAUCACUUUUUCCAUGCUGUAAAGGCCAAGUGGACCAUCAUACGACCUCAAGCCUUGUACACGAACAUCCUGCUGCACACACCAAACACACUCUGUUUAGGCUUUCAGAGCCCUCUUUCCCACCCAACACAGCCCCUGGAAAACACCUGAUUAGUUCUACAGGAUGGACAUCCCCUCAAAAAGUUUGUGAAUAAUGGUACAUUAUAUCAGACCCUUGGAAAUCCGACUGAUUGGCAGUAAAAGCUGGGCAGGUGAUCAUUUAAGUGCAUAAAAUGUGGCCAUAAAGAUGCACAGGCAUUAGGAAUUCGUAUAAAAUUGCAGGCAAAACUGGACAAAACCGCUUUUCAAAAUCAGCCCUAUUAUAUCCUGUUCCCUUUCACAGAAAGCCUUUGUGAUAAUAAUUUUACAUACUGCUAUUUUGCAUGUUCACACAUAUUUUCUUGCUCUUUGACACUUGGCACCCAGCAACUUGGCUCCAUCACCUUUAGCUGAUAUUUUUCCCAAGCCUUCUGAACAAGGGAGCAGCAAAAUCCUCCAUGCAAGUCUCAUACUCUGUCCUUAGAAAAUUCUGCAGAGCCUGUAUUACUCAUUUCACUUCACGUGCAGCUCACAAAUUAAUGGUGUCUGUUAAUUAGGCAUCUAAACCCCAAACCUGAAUCUAUGUUACUUUAACAACACUAAUGCAAAAAAGACAUUUUUAUUUGGAAAUAUUGCAAUGCCCAAACAUUGAUAUGAAAAAAAGAUGAAAGAGGUGCAUCCUUUUAAGAUGGCCCUUUCCUCACCUCUCCAUCUCAGCCUUUUCCAUAAAGAAAUCUAGGACUCAUUUUAUUCAGAGACUAGACUUCAAAUUUCUAUACUCAUGUCAGGGUAGUAUUAAAUAUUAAAGCAAGAUAUUAAAAUUUCAAAGAACCUAAAUUAAACCUGAGGUAUUCAAAAAUAAGUGUUCCUGAAUAUUUAAUACUAAAGAUUUCAUAAUUAACUUUAGAAAUCUCAUAUUAAGAAAAUGAGGAGCUGCCUAAAAAAAAAAACAUGUCCAUCGCAGUGACCUUCCAGACAGGGUUGGUGGGGGAUGCUCCAUGCCGACAGUGCCAUUCCCAUCCCAUUGCCCCCACCACCACGCAGUGCCUCCUCUGUCACAUGCCACCAACAACCGGGGCCCUCUUGGGUAAAAUUCAUUCAAUUUCUUUCCUCCUCAACCGUUUAAAGGAGUUUCUUGGGUGCUGUGACACCUCGGCGGCUUCCUGCAGAAACCUGGCCAGCCCUUGGUCUUCCCGCAGCGGGGACACCAAUGAUGUCACAACUGCCCUCUCCUGCAUGUGACAGACAGACUUGAGCACAGGACCAAAGGGGCCAUCGCUAAUUAGAACAGUUCACAAAUCUGAGAUUUAAGAUGUGUGAUGAGAGUUUUUUAUGGUUCUUUCAACUUCAAACGCACUAUUAAAACAGGCAUGGAUUUAUUAGGAAGAAGAAGCAAAAUGAACUUAAACUAAAUGGGGGAUUUUUUUGCCCCUGUGAGCAGGUUUUCCUCCAUUAUUCAUUAAGACAGGCUGACUUCUGAGAAGCAGGAACAGGGCUCUCCAGUUAGUGUCCCCCAAAGAGCUGCCAGUUGGACUUCUCUGCUUCCCACCACCAUAAAAUUGUUUGAAACUUGCCUAUCCACUAGCACUUAACAUCUGAUCCUAUAUGCAUACAAAGAUUUGGGAAAGCAGUCUGUACCAGCACAGGAUCUGACCCAACAUUUCGGUGUAAUUGGGGGGGCAGGGAGUAAGUUAAAAUGUGCUUUGUAGAGAUUUAAAGUGUUAUAUAAGCAUCAGAAUUUACUAUAGUAAUGACUGCAUCCCACAUGCAUUUUUAUAAAAGGAAAGUUGCUUUAAACUGAUGGUAUGCCAAAUGUUUAGGUCUCUCGGAGAAUCUGAGUGCAGCAUAUGAGGCUGGUGAUGUCCAGCACAGCUCAUCCCCAGCCUGAAGGCUCUAUGUACUGUCACAAGAUGCCAGCUGACAGGCUGUCUGUGUUAGGCUGGGGACUAAGCCUGAGCUACUGUUUAAAACUGCAGAACUAAUGGCACCCAAUUAGCAAUACUACUGGAGGAGGCUGCUCCCCAGUUUACGAGCACUGUGCUCAGCCUAUGGUGACAGACCAGUGUGAUCCUACAGCUGAAGCCUCUUGUAUCUGUGGAAACCAAAUAGAGAUGGGUGUAAAUAGAAUAUGAAAAGUUGAUGGCUGCCUUCAAUCACUGUGAAGAGGCUUAAAUGCCUUCCCAAAGUAGAACGUUGAUCUACAAUAACAGGCAGAAGAAAAAUAGCAGAUUCAAUGGUACAGACUGUAGUUUAACAUUCACAAGUUGUCUAAUCAAAGUAAACACACCCUUCUAUAUGUGCAUACAAAAGUCACUGAGGUAAUACGGUACAGGGAAAGAAAGUCACCAACUUUGUCAGUGGUGACACAAAAUAAUGAGCAGCCUCCAGACGUCAACCAGUAGGACUCUGAAAACUGAAAUAUUUUGCUGCAGCUCAGGGGACACCCGGGAGCAUCCUAAGGGCUGGGGACAGGUGAGCCCCUCUGCCUGCCAUGUGCCACCCAACAGUGCCUUGGGGACACAGCUGCCACCCCAGGCACCACUCCCAGGACUUCUUCAUAUGCUUUUCUCACCAAAUAUCUUGUGGCUCCCUUAGAAAAGGCUGAGCUGAGCCAAGAGCAGGAGGUGAGUGCCAGAGCAGGGACAGUCCAGGCACACUGUGCCCACAAGGUGUGGGGUGUAAUGGUCUCUGCUAAUUGGCAGGACUCAUUUUUAGAGCUUUGCUUGCUAACGUACGAUAGUCAUCACAACAUUCGCUUCAGCAAAAUGUCAGUUUACAGAUGGAGCGGAAGAGAAGGGGGUUGCAGAGAUAAAACCGUAUACUGAGAAAACAAUAAAAGAAAAAUCAAUCUUUAUGACAGAUGAGUGAGUGAGAUUUACACUGUAAUCAGAAAGCACAAAGAGAUUCACGUAUUGCCGGGAAGGGUAUCCAGGCAGUGUUAUUCUAUAGAUGGAAACACAAUCGUGCCUGCGGGAUCUGUUUGCUUAUUUCUGAGCAAAUCCUCCAACAGCUUUUGUUGAAGUGGAUAACUGAAACACACAGAUCUCAACACUCCAUCGGUAUUGUUGUGCCUCUCCUUUCACCCAGCGCCUGAACUUCUCAAUCCUUUGGCUUUUCUGAUGCCAGAACAUACACUCACAAAAUUGCUGGAGAUAAGACGCUGCCCUGGAGAAACAGGCAGCGCCACCCGAUCCCCGCUCCACUGGAGCAGCAAUUACAAUAACCAUCAAGGCAGAUCUGCUCUAAGGAUGAGCUUCUGGCUACCAAGUGAUUAUAUUAAUUUAUGUUCCAUUUUAUAUAAUGACCUUUAUGUACGGUCAAAAUAAGCAGCCAGCUAGAGCUUAAAGAAAUACUGAUCUGUGAAUUUAAUACCAUGUAAACCUUAAUACAUGUUUCAACCUGAAACAGUUUAGCUCACUUGUCAUUUUUUAUCUGAAAAGCAAGAAUCACAUAGCAAGACCCUAAUUCAUUUACUAUUCUCUUUUUCUGUGUGAAAUCUCUUCUGUCCUGUGGUGGCUAUCCACCCCUUCUCCUCAACAAAAUCAAUGGUGACCAUUUACAAUGGGUAAAUCUAAUUGUCUCUGCGGGAAGGACCUGCAGCACUUCAAAAGCCUGGGCUUGGACAACACAAGUUCACAAGAUCCAUUACAGGGUUGGACAAGCGACUGUGGGAAAUGUGAUCAGAUCUUUCCCCAGGGCAUUGCUUGGUUUUGUUGAUGCCUUUUAUUUUGUAUCAUUUUAAACUGAAGCCAAGCAAGGCAGAACAGUAGCUCCUGUUGGCUUCUGCAUUUCGCUUUGGGGAGGUACAGCAGACUGGGCAGGGCUGUUUGCCUAAUGAUGCAACAAAUGGUGAUUAAAUGAAGAAAUUAGUUCAGCCACAUACUUUAGAACAGUUCCUGAAGACAUCCCUUCAGGAUGUGAGGUUUCCCAGGGAGAUGCAGCUCUCUCCUACAUCACACAGGACCUCAGCACUGAGCAUCUUGCUGGAGCAGGGCCAUGGAAUCUCUGCGUGGUGGCGGUUGUGUUCCCCCAGGUGUGCUCUCCUUCCUGGCUGUAGCAUCCCCUGUGCUGUUGCUUGUGGCUCUUCACUCCACAUGUAACAUUGAACAGCAGCCCAGGUGCUACUGGCCAACACCUGGUCAAAAACAGAGCAGAGCUUAGUAGCUCUGACCUGGGGAAGGAAACUCCUGCUCCUCUGCCUUCAUCUGCUCAUCUUCACAUCUUAGCAGCGACUGCAGCACCUUCUACGCCUAUGAAUUAAAUCCACCUCCCACACCCACCCCUCGCUGCCAACCCUUAAACCAGGGUCAGCAGGAGAAGGUGGCAGUGGAGAACAUGAACCAGCCUGAACUGGGAGCUUUCAGAAGCAGAGUGGGCUCCCCACAAACCAGCAGCCCCUUCGUGUCCUCCCACAAGCUGCCAGGUGCUGGUACCUGCCCAUGCUCCACACCUUGUCUCUCCUUGGUCAGACAGAAAACUGGCUCUAAGGCCCCAAGAACUCUGGCCAGACCACCUUUGCCCACCAUACUACAUUGUUCUUCAUGGCUUUGCUUUGCUGUUGUUGUGCCUCCCAGGCAAAACUCACAGUCAGCUCAGGAUUUGUGGCAAGAUUAACUAGAUCAGAAUUAGCAGCAAGAUCUGCAAAGACCAGCUCAGACUCAGCCAGGAGAAGACCUAACGCAGAAGCCUUUUUUUCCCAACAUCUCUUAAAAGAUCCCAAAGGCAGGUUUCAAGAGCAAACACCAACACGAGAGUGCCCUGGGACAUCCAACUGCAAACCAAGGCGUGCACAAGGGUUAAAGACACAGGCCAGGCUGUGGCACACAUGUGGGUUUGCAUAACACUAUUGCCCAGUCAGUGAUUUAAAGAUAAAUUGAUGAAGAACAGCAGAGAAGGUCAGAGUAAACCAGGGACCCAGCAGGCUGACGGUGAAUCUUCCAGAUCAUUCCCAGUUUGUCAGCAAUACCAUCACCACAGAGCCUUGGGUCUAUUAUAGUGACACAGACUUUACAAAUGAUAACAAAAUAGUGAGUGUAGUGCUCUGGCCAUGCACAGCAUUGCACGUGGGACAAGGGACCAUGACAUCCCAUAUGCCAUCUACGUACUGUGGGGAAUUAAUUCAUCAUUCCUGCAGGUCUGCGCCAUGACAGCAAUAAUUCAGUUGUCCGAUAAAGGCAGAGGCACUAAAAAUUAUGUGAUGUUUUGCCCUGCUGACUCAGUCAAGGAAAGACAGAGGCUGGGAAAGGCAUCAUGCUCUGGGGCUCUGUUCCCUUUGCUCCCCCAUCCCUGGUUAGUGCCUGCAUAAAGGCCAAGGGGCACAAACCAGAGCAGGAAAAAACCUUGAAGGCAUCGGGUUUAUGCUACAAUGCAGCAAGUAACAGACAGCUGAAUAUAAUCCUUAAUUUUCCUCAGAUAGUUUCAAAACAAUGAGUUCAUCAUUUGCAAGCCAAGCCAUUUGUUUAUGCCCUUUUCUCCUUCAUUCUCAGAUGGUGAGCAACUAUGGUUUUAUUUUGCACAAAGUUCUUUUGCUAAUAUUCAUCCAUAAUCAUCAACAAAAUAACUUAAUAUAUGUAGGCGACUAUAAUGACAGCAAAUGCUGUGUAGGAGGCAUAAUAUAUGCUUCAUUGUCAAUGCCUGCAUGCUGAAUUAAAUACCCUAUUCUGGUCAAAUGCUAAUACAUUCUAUGAGCACUUUUCCAUAAACAGAUUUUUAAAAUGCAGUAGAAUAAAAAGGUGAUAUGAAUAAUAUAUUGAAAUAAUCUGAUAGGCGGAAGUUUAAGAACCAGUGUUUUUCUGUAGCAUCUUGCUUGAUAUUGGCACUGAAAUGAUAUGCAUGAAAUAAAUAUUCAGGGUAGUAUCACUGACACCCUAAAUAUGGUGCGCCUGUUGGGACCAAAGUAGCAUCAAACCUCAUUUUUAAACAAUAUGUUCUUUUGUAAAUGGACAGCUGGCUGCCCUUCUGGAGCCAGAGUCAUGUAACACAUCACACUGGGACUUCUGGUGGAAAAAAUAGGUGAAGUACAAAAUAGGUAGUAUUUAACUUUCUGCUAUCCUUAGCAUUUAAAGCAGCUUAGAGCUCAGCAGCACUUCGUCUCAAAAACAGCUUUAAAAUCAGUGGCAGCGUCAACGCCUAACUGCCGCUUGGUGGGGUAAGGCUGUCCUGGUGUUCAGUGUCAGAGCAUGGGACUAAAAAAAACAAAGUGACCACAAUAACAUGGUUCAUAGGGCAGACAAAAACCAUAGCUGCUGUAAAGACUUUGGAUUUGAACCUGCUCUUGGCAGCAGGAGCAGCGAGGGGCUGCUGGCUGCAGCAGAUGUGGAGCAUCCCAUGCUGCUGGUGUCAGCCUGAGUCACACUGCUCUUGCCCAAGCAGGGCAGCAGCCGUGUGGUGGCCUCCACAAAUUAUAUACGAUGGCCAAGGGCUUGGAAAGCACAAAUGACCCUUGUGUCAGGGCCUGGGGGAUAGGGCAGUGGAGCAGGUCAUGUCCCCUCAGCGCCCGGAGAAAAGCACAGCCAGGCACACGCACCGGGGAUGGGCUGCCCUGAUCCUUCUGACUUUCCUUGGGAUGCACCACCCAUCUUCCCAAAACACAAGCUGAUGUUUGAAAAGCAAACAGGAAGAAAAAAGUUAAGGCAGAGCACACAAGAACCACAGGAUGCUGCACAAAGGCAAAGGGACCACUCUGAAUUCACUGGGCUACCGUGUACCAAUGAAGGAUGGACACGCAGACCUGUCAGAGAAUCCUCUGAGACAUAGAAUCACAGAAUCAUUUCAGUUGGAAGAGACCCUCAGGAUCAUCAAGUCCAACCAUAACCUAAAUCUGGCACAAACCCAUGUCCCUAAGAACCUCGUCUAUGUGCCUUUUAAACCCCUCCAGGGAUGGUGACUCCACCACUGCCCUGGGCAGCCUGUUCCAACACCCAACAGCCAUUUCUGGGAAGAAUUUUUUCCACAAGUUGCCUUGGAGCAGUGCCAGUGGAGACUCCAGCCAUGUUUACACCCUUUUGUGUCUGCAGGAGUGAGGUGGCCUCUCACCUGUCACCAGCCCAGGGCCACCACUUGCUUUUUCACGUGCCACAGCCACAUACAGUCUGGGCAGGCUUGAGGGUGGUUUUAACUAGGCUUGAGGGAAGCUUUAGCAGAGCUUAUGGUAGUUCCUCCAGCAUUAUCAUUUUCUCUCCAGCCAGAAGAAUGCUGGGUGUGGGAUCAACAGCCACACGAACCUCACCACAGACCGAUCAGCUGGAUUAUUUAUUCAGUUCUCCAAGAUCAACAGUUGCAAAAUAGAUUGGUCUUCAUUACAGAUUCAGGCUUUGCAAUUAAAAUGCAUAAGGCAAUGAACUGGGAAGAUGCGUGUCCCUACAAGCAGAGGCAGGGGAAGCUCAGCCCCAUGUGCUCAUGGCAGGGCUGAGCGGGCCUGAGCUGAGCUGAGUUUAACAAGCACCACCUUGGCUCUGGUAGCCUGGAGCUACCGACUGCUCCUCUUCCCUGACAGACUUUUGAUUUUUCUCUCCUGUUUUACACUGCAGCGAUAGGGAAGCCCAGGGAUACAAUAUCAUAUUGAGCCCUGAGCAACAACACCGCAGGUACUAGUGCAUCCAGCUCAUGUUUUAAUUAAUCUGCUAAGACAGAGAGGAUUUCACAGAGCAGCAAACAGCAGUACCCUGAACAACGCCUUAGUUCAGCACCAUCUGUUCUUUAUUCCACAAAUAUAUUUUCCUCCAUGAUCCGGAGCAAAAGGCUCAGUACAUUAUCAUAUGAUAAGACAGUUCAAAAGAAUAAAUAAGUCCUGCAACACAAAGCUCAGUAUUAAAAAGCCAACAUGACAAUAAUACCUGAAUGAUAUUAGAGCUAAAAAUAGAUCAAAAAAACAAAAAUACUUCCAGACAAGUAAUGAAAGAAUGUUUUUAAGGUGAUUUAUUAGGAACUACUAAGCAGUCAUGGCUUUGUGCUGAGCUGUGAACAGUGAAAUUGGAAUAAAUAAGAUAAUCUUGCUGCAUUAAUAACUUGCUCUAAAACUACAUGUAUGUAUAAUAUGCUCAGCACGACUUAAAGGAUAGAUUGUGUUGAAAAUCUUUAUCUAUCUAGAAAAAGAAAUUAAUCAAGAUAGAGACCCUGACCCUAUGAACAUGAGGCAGCUCCACCUCUGCAGGGCAGGGGCUGCCUCCCGAUGUGCGGAGGUGAAGCGAAGGUGAUGGUAUCAUAGGGGGUACAACAGCAGUGUCAGGGAAGACAGUUCUGGAGGGCAAAAUUAUAAAUCAGAACUUUCUGCCACAUGAAACAGAGGAUAUUUGCACAACUGAGGGAAUAAAGCUCCAUUUUUCAUCCUUCUCUUCUCAAGUAGACCCCUGCCUGUCACACCACAGUGAGCCAAAUGGUCUGUUAGCAAUCUGGAGCUUCAGCAGCUGGCAGUGGAGUUGCUUUAUGCCAUAGAAGGACUUGGCUCAUUGGUUUGAAAUAAAAUAAUGAAAUAAGUUAAUUAACUAAAUUUAAAUAAAAAAAAACCCUGCUCUGUGCCCAAGAUGAGUUCAGCACAGCCCAGAGCCUCAGCUGGGCAUGGGGACCAAGUGACCAAUGUCACCUGAGGUGGCCCUGGGCUCUCACUCCUCAGCCCAGCGCCAGUAUCAGUGCUCAACUCCGACAGGCUCGUUUGCCAAUUAUCAUCAGUGGCUUUUGUGCAGCAGCUCGCCCAGGCUUUUAAGGCGCGAUUACAAGCGUGUUUUAGCAGACAGGAUGCCUGUUACAUUUUUAUAUGCUGAAAAUAAAUACAUGAAAUAUGACAAAGUAAGACUUUUAUUUGUAACAUACUUUUAGGGAAGCAUAUAAAACAUCCAUUAGAAAUCCUGUUAACAGCGCUGGUCAUUAUGACAAGGGAGAAAACAGCUUUCCUAGGGAUUUGAUCUCUUUUUUUUCUUCUUAAUGAGUUCUACUUUUCCACCAUCACCAUCAGACAAUGUGUCUAUUAACAUUUACUCAGCAGUUAUCAUUUUAUAUUUCUUGAUAACCAUAGCAAUUCAAAUAAUGUUGUUGCUCCGCUCUUUUAUCUUUCCUCUGAUAAAUAUGGAUAACGAUCUGGCACCAAAUCAGCCCCUGCUCUCACUGAUGCUGCAGAAGUUGCCGGGCUGGGUAAUUUGUCUAAUUCAAUCCUCUACCAUACUCAAGAAAAAAAACCUACAUUUAAGCAUCAUCAAAUAGGGUUUUGCAAAAUAGCUGUUUCUCAGUUUUUCUUCAACAACAAAAUGCAUUAUUUUGAGGACCUCGGAUGUGUUUGCACAGUGCAGCCCCCCUGCAAGAACACCACAGCCUACAGCAACUUCAGCCUAGCACGGCUGUUUCUAACAUUUAUAAAGCGUAUGUAUUCUGUAAGGACAAAACUGAAAGACUAAAGUUGUAGUAACAGGAGGCUCAAGUAUAGCCAUUUAAUACUUACAUAUUGUAUUUCAUUUACUCUCUGUGUGCCGUGCUAAACCAGUUACAGUGAAACACCAAAUUUGAACGUGAUGUCAAUCAAACUAUGCUAUUGCAGCUUGAUGUGACUUCUGUAAACCAGGGUCACAUUGAAUUGGAAGGAAAUGAAGCAAGAACCAGCACAGACAUUUCCAAUUAAAACCAGGUAGCAAAUUAUUAAAGAGUCUGCAUAAUUUUCACCCGUGCAAAACAAACAGCAGAUAGGACCAGAUCUGUAAGAGACAGACUACAGCUCAUUUCUAGGGCAAGAGGAAUGAAUUAUGAACACGUAUGGACACAGUACAGCUACUAUAAACCACAUCUAAUAUAUAACAAUACAGCAUAUUUUGUACUACAGCCAGAGAGCAGAGCGUUGUCACAUCUGUUAAACUUACUCACAUAAGGGGUCAAGAUAUGAAGCCACAUUCAAAACCCAGUCUCCCUGUUAGCUUCCAGAAGCUUAAAAAAGCUUGACAGAUAAAGCCCAAUCUUAGCUAUCAAGCACUAACUCUUGAUUACACAGCUCAAAACACAAGAUCAAAGCAAAUGUAUAAGCAAAGUUACUGGGUUGUUAAUGCCUCUCUGUCAAAAAAUUAACACAGCUGAUAGCAGAAUUGACACAGGUUGCGACACUAAAGCCUGUUUUAAGCAUGAGCUUCAUCGCUGCAGUACAUCUAUUGUAAAUAAUUUGCUUACAGUGGCAAGUCCUUAUUUCUAAGCUAAUGAAUGGCUAUCUUAUAGGGGUAACUUUGGUCUCGAAUGUCCCAAGUCCCACACACACGUGGCCUUUGUUUCGGCAAGUUGGACAUAUUUGCCCUUUACAUGGCAUGCGUUUGCUAUUUAAAGAUGGGAUGGUAGUAACCUGACUGCAGAAUGGGAUUGCUGGGGAGCAAACCCCACAUGUAAAGUGAUGCACACAGGGACAGCAGGCAAGUGUCACCUCGCAGGACCCCUCUCACCCUGGGGACAUCACUCAGCAGAAUUACAGCUCUGGAUGGCAAAGCCACUUACAGGCAAAUAAGGUCAAAAACGUAUUAAGCAGCAUGAAGGGAAAGGCUCGUGUCAUUCACUGGCACAGAGCAUAAAGAUUCCGUGUCAACCACUGGCAGUUAAAGCAAACAUUUGUACAACCCUGCACUCGCGGAAAUCUGAUCAGUGCUAGAGAAUUAUUGCUGUUUUGUAAUGGGAUGACUUCCCUACAAAUAAUGAACAAUGAGGGGACAGGCAGAUGCUCCACUGGCUUGUGGACACUUGCUCUGUGUGGCAAAACGAGCGGCAUCACUGUCUCACCCGCUCAGGGGUGUCAGGGCUCUGGAUUCCUGUUUCCACCACCUAAUACCUUGCAGGCAAAAUAGUGUUCUGGGUAUGAAUAGUUUUCAUAUUUGGUAGACCGUAGUGACAGUCCCUGCACACUGACAGAGGGAGAUUUAGCUUUCCUGUUAAUGCAGCAUAGCCUGUGAGAUUCCCAGAUAGGAGAGUCUGAGUAAAUGUGAAUUGAAACACUGUUUAUUAAAAGAAGCCUAAACAAAAAACAAACAAACAAAUAAAUAAAUAAAUAAAUAAAAAGGAAAAGAGGAAAGGAAAAAAAAAGAAAAUAAAAACAUACAGAAAGAAUUCAAUAUAAGGAUAGUUAGAGUCUGACCGCUAUGUUUUUUUUCAGGGGACCACAUUACAUCAUGCUGCCUCUGAAAAAUCUGGGAGAGGGGUCCAUUUUACAUAAAGCUGAUGAAUGAAGCAGAUGUUUUCCCAUGCAUUUUAAUGUCUUCACUGUUAAAAACCCCACUUUUUUUUGCAAAAGACCAACAUUGCUUUUUUUGCAAAUAAGUUACUGAGAUGAAUCCUCAGUGUUAUUUAGCAAGAACAAAACUAUUUUUUUUCAAAAAGAAUGUUCUAAAUGGAAUUUGCCAGAUUUUACAUGUAUAAUGUGAGAACUAAUGACCCACAUUAAAAAAAAAAAAAAGAUGCUCUUAUUAAAAUAAAUAUGAAGUCAAAAAGGUUUAAUGAAAGUACAAACCCUGAGACUAAAAGGAAGGAUGAUCCACUAUUUGGGAGCUUGCAUGUGAAAUAAUGAUGCGUAUGGCAGAGACAUUUUAGGAAGUGUCAUUAUAUUAUCUUGUUAGUACAGCCCUUCAUCUGCAGACCUGCAUAUAAUGUACAUGGUCUCUGGAUUUUCUGUGAGAAAGCAACUUUUGCCUUCAUUGUGUUAAUGCUGGCUUCCCUAUGACAAAUUUGUCACCUUUGAGCUGAGUGUGUGUUCCUUUUCUUCUGGUACCACGGGUUAUUCUGCAGAGCUGCUCCCCAUCCCUGUACAGAUUUACAAUACCCGCCACAUUCUGCUACAGCUCAAGUCACCUCCGUAAUUUAAAUGAAGUAACCCAUGUUGAGAUUAGUAUAACAGAAAGGGAAGGCUGGCCCAGUACAUUUACCUAUGAUUCUCCAUAAUGCAUUUAUGGAGAAUAUUGGACUUUCUUUCUCGUUGCUGCUCUACAGAAAGAGAGGUAGAACUGUUACAUUAAAAUACGUGAAAGAACAAAGAUCAACCUACAAAUGGAGGUGUUUGAUUCUCAUUCAUGGGCAUGGUAAAACAGACAAGUUAAUACUAAGCAACUAUAAAAUGUUUCCAACAGUCUAUCUCACUGAAAGAAACAGUAGCAGUCCAGAGAAAGGAAGCGUGCACUGUAUGUUCAUAUACUCAGACGCAAAACAUGAAUAUAAAAAACUGCAGCUACAAUUAUAUGCAUUUAUAUAUGCAUACAUAUUCCAUACACACACGUUAACUGUAAAAGAAAUCAUUUUUACAUAGUUCCCCAACCUGCAGUUUAAUUUAGAUUAAGUAAAUUUGUUUUGCUUUUAUUAAUGAUAAGACUGAAGAAAAAAAAAAUCACCAAUGACAACCUCCUUUUAAUGAAUUUUGGAACUGUAAACAUUUAGCUGAGAUAUUGGCAAAUGUCAGCAAAGAACGCUGUAUUUUAUUCCAGGACAAAUCAAGUAGCACAUAGAUAAAAGAAAAGCCAACAUCUGCCCCUAUUUGUGCCCGGGCAGCUUUCUCACGAGUAAAUUGUUGCCUAAAUUGCACAGUAAAUCUAAGAAUAAUGCCGAGUGCAACUUGGAAGUUCUUCUGUAUAAUGUGCCACUCACAUAAUUUCAGCACCAGAUUUCACAUUGUGGACAAUAUCCAUCACACCUUUAUCUGUCUUCUCCUGAUGAAAUUUCUGCUUUGAGCCCAACGUACAGUAUCUGUGUCAAAAGAUCAGAUAUUGUAUUUGUUUGUUUUCCAGCUUGCUUAUAGCUGAUAACAGCAUAAGCCGAGCGAAUCCAGGGAAACACAAUUCAUCACCGUGCACCCGUCACCCUUGCACUGCUGCAGAAUUACAUUCCCAUGACUAGCGUGAACCCAACUGCAUCAAAUUCCGCUUAGCCACCACCCACCAGCAGCACAGAAAGCACUUUCUGAGGCUCCUGCGAGGGUUAUUGAGUGCAGCCCAAGCUGGGCUCUGCAUUUCUCAGCUCCCAAGGCCAAGAGCACGUUCCCGACACAUCCACCCACCCCUUAGCCUGGCCAAGGCACUGCCGCUCCAUGGUGGGACAUGCAAACCCAGUCGUGUCCUCUGGCGGAGGGACCAUUAGCCACAGCAAAGAUAAAGCCAUCUGAAUGCCAUGAAUGCACAAAUUACGGGAGAUGAUCGAAUCCCUUUUCUCUACAGUCACGUUGCUUCUGUUAAGGAUUGUAUUUUAUUCCAGAAUCAGGUUGCAGAUUGUACAUUGUGUUACGAUUAGAAAAGGAUACUUAUAUAUAUAUAUUACUCUUUUUUAUUCAUUUCUAAAUGAAUCUCAAGAUGACAGGAUAUGGUGAGGAUUUUAGUUUUUAAGAAGUGGUUUACAGUAACUAAAUUAAACAGAUGCCUUAUUUAUGAGGAUUGAAGGAUUUUUUUGAAGAGAAACAAUCCCCUAUGCAGAGGUACCUGCAGCAAUCCUGGCUGGGGAUGCUCUCCAGCCCAGGUGGGAAGGGUGUUUCUGUGUAAAGCCGGCCUGGCAGCAGGGCGGGAACAACCCGUGCAAAAGAGAAGCUGAUGUCUGAAAGGCGCCUUGAGACACCGGGCUUGGGUCAACAUUUCCCCAACCCCAACCGGGCUCUCCUAAAAUCUCAAGCUUCAGGUCCCACCGGAGCCGUGGGGCCAGGGACCGGCUGGUGCUGCCCGGGAGGGACUCAAGCCAAGGAAGAACAUCACAAGAACGAUGCUACAGUAUGUAAAGUAUCUGUCUCCCUAGCUGGGCAGAUCUUCCUAUUUGCAAUUAAAGAGAAAACCUCUUGAAAACACAGAGAAAUUUUUUCCAAGGCCAGCCAGUAACUUCCAUGUAACCUUACUGCUGUACAAUGGGUAGGGAGAAAAAUUGCUUUUCCAAUAUCUCGUUGGUUAGGUUAACAACAGAACUUCUCACAGGAUUAAAAUAUAGCAACAUUUUAUCUCUCUAUGUUUUUUUAAUUAGUUUAACCUGAAGUUAACAGAGACCCUAAUUCUUUCCAAAUCUCAACAACAGCCUGUAGGGAUGAACAUAUUUAUUUCCUGCAUCUGUUCUCCAAAUUAAAUUGGAAAAUGAUUAUGAAAGAACAGUUCUUGGUAGUCCCCGGGGAAGCUCUUAUGGAAACCCUACAUCACAGCAAUGCUGCUGCCACUGAUCCCUGUACCACAGCAUUUCUGGAGUCUUCACAGAACUUUUCUUUCCCCUGCUUUUAUAUUGUACUAAUUGUAAGGGAAAUACAACAUCACUGCAGGGUUAAAAUCUGGUCCUGCUGAAGUCAAUGGCAAGACUUCCAUUUAUUUCAGUGGAUCAAGGAUUUAAUCUCCGAUGUUUAUGAUGCUGUCAGAAGAGGGAGCAGACUGUGUGUCUGCAAGGCACACGGGGUAGCAAAUCAUCAGCCCUGGUGUUAGAUUGCAAAACCAUUUGCGUUUGCUCUGGCGUUAGGAACGUCGCUAGAGGGUUUUUUAAUUGCAGAUGUGAACACAAAGGAAGAUUCACUGUGCCGCUAAUACAACACUCACUACAAAGUACCAUGUGGAACUAGGAUCGAAUCUGACAAGUCCAAACUCUCAACGAUGUACAGCAGUUUCUGAUGCAUGUAGUAUUUUUAGUAGCAACAGACUAUGACGUUUGAGGGCUGCAGCCUAGUAGGAUAAACCAGUGUUUCUCGCUUCUAUGUCAUAUUUUGUAUGGGUUUAGAGAAGAUGGCCUCUGUUGUGCAUUGUUUGUGAAAUGUUUCUUAUCCCAGAGAGGUGUAUGAUGUAAAAUACGUCAGUGAAAAGUGUAUAUUUUAUGUGAGAGGAAAAUACAUUUUAAUAAAGGUAAAGCUUUGUUAGCUGUAAAAAUGGCAACUGUUCAAGUGUACAGUAACUUCUUACUAAUGUAUGAAAAUCUGUGAUAUUUUUGAUUUGAUUGUAUUUGUAUUGCCCAAAUAAAACAUUUUGGCUGUAUUGUUCCUAA